CUGCUUCUGGUCUGGCUUUCCAAGCUAUUCUCUAGCUGCACAUCUCCCUGCAAACAUCACUUGGGUCCUGUCAAUCACUGGCCCCACUCAGUUGCACCAUCUUUUCCUCUGCAAAAAUUGCUGUGGCUAAGUGGCUCUGUGGGUCUGAGCCUUGCACCGGACUCAAGCCGCUGAACAAGCCGGGAACAGUCGCUAGGUGGCAUCAGGAGAAGCCAAAAAAAGGCUGGUUGCUGUGAGGGAGACUCUUCGGUUUGGUAAGAGAAAACAAGGAGUGGAGUUUUGCAGUGGUUGGGGUUGAGCUUUGCCUUAACUGACCAUAUAAACUGCAUAGCUGAUGCAGCUACUGAGUGCUUUCAGCAAGGGACUUCCUUAGUGUCAGUUUUCCCUUCUAGUUUCUCCCCUUUCUGAUGAGACUUACUACUUCGCUUUCCCAAUUUCCUCUUUUGCUACCGGUAUCAGUACAGCUCCUUUGUGGUCUACAGAUAUUGCAAAGUGUUGCUAAGUUGCAGAGCUGAGUCUGGAUCUCCUUUGUAUUCUUGUGUGGAGAAUGUUUAACUUUAGCAGAACCAAGAUUACACCCAUCUUGCCUCUUAAUUGUCUGGGAUAACUGUCUCCUUCCCUUUCUCCCAUAGCUACUGAUGAGUUAAAUCUGUCCUUCUGGAGAGGGCUAUUUGUGCAUUUUCACUGCUAAAGUCUUUAUAAAGAACAGACCAGUACCCUAGGCUGGUUCUAGGUACUGCUGUUUAAAUUGCUGUGAACCUGAGCCCCAUUCAGCCCUUCCUCCCUGACAGAAAACUACCUCUAGCAUCUUCUCCUCUCUCCUAGAAUGGGAAUCAAGGCCAGGCCUGUAGUCCAGGAAGGCCUUAGAGCAGCUGCCAACUAGUAACAAAUUCAAGGCUUCCACCCACCCUGGGUGAGUACAACAGUGCCCAGGAGGGGAAGAGCUCCAUCAGUCCUGUUACUAACCUCUGUGCAGCCAGUUCUUCCUUCUGUUUCCCUGAGCUCUCUCCAAAGCUGUGAGUUGAGUGGCCCAGGCAACUGGCCAGCAAAAAGAACAGGAAGACAAGGCUGUUUACCAUCCAAAUUGCACAUGAUCUAUCCACAAGGUCCUAUAUAUAAUUUCUGAGAAAUUCCAAAUCACUGUUCUUUAUAGGCAGUUCCAAAUGCUUCAGCGCUUUGCAAGAGGUGAAGAUACAGAUCAGUGCCUGAAUCAAGCACUCGUUAACAAUGCAACAAAAGUGGGAACAAGAGUUUGUGGAUCUAUAGCUGGUUCCAUCUGAGCAGCUCCAAGCACUUUAUGACCGUUGAAAUGAAAGUCGCCCCUGUGCUGAGAGCUGCCAUGAGGUCUACCUGCUGCUUAAGCUGCUAGAACAGUAUUUGGCAUGGCAGUCAUCUGUCAGGCAAUUGUGUGUCUGCAGAUUGAUUAUCCCUUCCGCAGAUGUGCAAGGUCUGAGCUGUUGCGCUGCGGGAUGCCGUGGCACAGGAAGCUGGGGUUUCAGAAGAGACUGGCAAUUUGGGUUAUGCCCAACAGGAGAAAACUAACGGGGCCUUGUACAUAACUGAGCCCUGAACACUCAGAAGCAAUCUUUGCAGUGUCUCUAUGUGGGCAACUAAAAUACUUGAGUCACCCUUUUGGAGUUUUAGCUGGCUUUUGUCCAAGGCUAGUUCAUAAGCAAAGCAAAGAUCCACAAAGAUGCCAUUUGUGUAGACACGCUGCAGUCGUGUUGCAGCACCUCAUUAAGCUAGGAGCUGUUGUGUGAUCAGGGAUAGGCCUUGUCCCAAGUAGCUCGCAAUGCAGUAUCAGUCAGUGCAGGUGGAGGCAGGCGAGGGAGCAGAGCCUGAUGGGCUUCAGCACACCAACUGCUUAAGCCUCUUGAACUGUGUCAGACUCCCUGCCCUGUGCUUUAUUCAUUGAACUAACUUAAUUUUUAGAACUUCAGAAAACAGCUUAAAAAAAUUAAGAGAAAUCUCUUCCUGUAUCUCUUGAGCCCUUUCAGCCAGUUAAUUGGCGUGUCUUAUGCAUCCAGAGCUAAUGUUAUUGAGGCCUGGCUAAUUAUUGACGUAGCUUGGCUACAGCCAAGCAUCCCCAAUAAGCAAACAGUCAAAAAGUAGUAACAACUGCCAUCAAGUUCAGGGAGAGGCAAGCUCCUUUGUUAAAAUGGAAGGUGAAAGAAGAGGUAAAAGUUUGGACAAAAGCCUGAAGCAGCAGCUCAGGUCCAGACAAAGAGAGUCUGACAAAAUGUCAUUGAAAAGUAAAAUGAGAAAUUUACCCAAAUUAAAUGCUGAGAAGACUAAGUAAAGCUCUUUUCCAGCCAUGUCCUGGAGGGAGUUAAAUGCUUUUAAAAUAUGCAAAAGGUGGGGAAUUAGAGCCAGGGAAUCUCAGUUGUGGUACAGUGAUGUGCGUAGCAGAUAAAGGCGGGGGGGGAUUAUUACAAACGUUAAGGAUCUCAGCGGCGGGCCGUUCAAGGCCGCCAGCCCCGUGGCGAAUGGUUCGGAGGGCCUGUUGCGAAGGAGGAGCGGACGUCCGGACGGCGGCAGGGGGCUGCCCUCUCCUUGGUACUGAACGGCUGCCGCCCCUCCUCGCCGCAGCCCGCCGCCACUCUCCUCCGGGUCAUCUCUGCGAGGGAAUUCGCUUAACAAAGCCAGUUCUGCAUGCCAGGAGGAAGGGCGAGAUGAUGUGCGUGGUGACCCUGCACGUGUUUUGCCCCCCUUCAGUUGUAAAGGAGGAAUAACCAGAGGCUCAGCCUGUACGGAGCACGUGAAUCUGUGCCUACGGCUCUCCAGCCCCAGCCGUCUGUUCCGCGGCACUGACAGUCUCACAGUCCCAUGUGUUACCGUCACUGGUCAGCUCUUUCUGAUUGAAUUCCCGCAGGGUGCAGUGCAUGUGCAAGCCCCCAGGAAAUCCAAGUGGCAAAAAGCCAUUUCCAUCCAAGUCUUGUCCAGACAGCCUUGCCACCACGAGUCUGGUGGUCUCAGCUGUGAAGGAGGUCAGGUCAUAUGUCAGUAAGCAGUAACACCAGUGUCAUCAACCUGCUUCACAGCUUGAAAUGCCUCCUACUUGGAGCCAGGCAAAAUAAUUUUGGUGGAAAAUGGAGGUAUUUUGAAAUAGAAGUGUUUCAUAGCAACUAGUUGACUUUUUUGAGGAGGAUUUUUGGUGGAAAAACUGAAAUGUGUAACUUUGCAUGCAUAUUUAAAUAACAAAAAGCUUUGAAUAUAGCCCCAAAGUGUUACACUCACCCUCCCUUCAUCCUCCUCCAGCCCCUUUGGGGUCGAUGGACAGAGAAGGCAGCACAACUCCCCCAGCUCCACCUCCCUAGAGAGCUUUAACAGGCUUGCAGUCGUGCGUGCUCUGACAGCAGCAUCCCUGCGGCACUUUCCCUCCUCCUCCCUGCACCUGCUCCGAAGCUCUUACAGAGAUGAGUGGGGAACCGUAGGCUCCAGCCCACGCUCAGGCAGUCUCUUCCUUGGGUUCGUUAGAUUAGCGCUGAUGAAAGCCGUGGCUGGAACGGCCACCUGCAUCCUUCUCAGAGGCCCCUGGGGAAGGCGAUGCUAUUACUAAGGGAAUACUGCAAGCCUGGCUUGAUAAAUGAGCUGUGAUUUCAGGCUCAUGAACAAAUUGGUUUCUCCUUCCAGGAAGGCUUGCCACUGACAACUGACUGUUGCUUCAUUUAUUGUAUUGCCCUUUGCCACUAAGGGCCCUUAAGGGCAGAGAGAAAGGGUUCCAGUGAUGGGAGAGCAAAAGCAUUUGAACCCUUCCUUCAGCUGCAUUUGAGUUUCUCACCUUUGGGAACCAGACUUUUUUCUGGGAGCCUGGUGCAAUUCUGCUACAUGCUUCAAGAAAACAUGGUCAUGUGAACUCAGACCAGGCAAGAAAGAGGCAGAAGAUCGCAGACAUCCAGGUCAUAGAGAAAAGCAAUCGAGAAAUUACCUCAUUCCUCAGUGUGGCAUUUGGUGCCAACCAUGGUGUUAGCUUUUGUAUUCUGGCUGUAUACUGCUGAGAAAGUGCUGAACAGACGCACUGAGGAGAGGGCAGGCAACUCUUCACUCAAAGACCAAACCUGUCCCCCUGCAUAUUACUUGUUCGCCCUCAUCACAAGAAGACGGUGGCUAUUUAACCUGUCUGUGCCAGGAUAUUCUGCUGUGUUCCUGAACCAACCCUGCAUCUCUCUGCUGAAGCCGUGCUGUGAGCCAAAGUCCUUGUUGUCUAGCCAGGCUUUUUCAAGUCACCCUCUAUGCUGAACUUCCAUCUGGAGCAUGCCCUCCUUUACCAGGCUCCCACGGAUAUCUUCCCGACCAUGCUGAUUUCAGAUAGAUCCACCCUAAUUGUAAAGUGGCAGACAACCCCUCAAACCAUGUGUGACUGGACAGAAGAGGGCAUCUAGGAGGAAGGCUUCUGAAGGGUGAGUCAGAUAACUGAGAGAGAGAAAGUGGUAAGAGGAAAUCAAGGCAAGAAUUGUCAGAAGUGUUUAUUCCUUCAAGGGAAGAUCUUAAACUUCCCUGUACAGAGCGAUGGGCAUUUAAGGGUUGGUAAAAGAACAAUUAGGACCUUCUUAAAGGUCAGACAGCCACAGGGAAUAGGGAACAGCAGGAAUGAAGAGCAAUCUUGGACUUAGGUGUUCAUCUCUUUUUAGUAACUGAAAAGAGCAAAUUUUAUCACCAUAAGGGCAGAGACACCAAGCCUUGCCCAGGAGAGAAAUAUAUGUUUUGGCUGCAGUGCGCUGGUCAACAGGGCCACGGGUUUGAUGCUGGCAUGUCUGGGCAGAAAUUGUCUCCCAAACCAACCCCCUUAAGAGAUUAUGAUUAUUUUGUUACUGCCCUUUAAGGCAGAUGCACUGUUUACAUCCCUGUGGACCCCCUAGAAGAUGAUCUCUGGCUCAGUACAUCAUCCCUUUCUGGUAGAGAAGCAUUGUCCUGCACAACUAUGGUCAUCCAAACUGCCUCCUGGGAUGUCGCUUUGUCUUUCUUGCUCUUCUCAGCUCACGCAUCAAGUCCCCUUUGCAUCUCCCCUCCAGGCACACUUGUGAUGCCAUUCACUCAAUGAGGCAUUAUAGAAAACUCCCCCUUCAGAAGGCAAAGCUCCACACAAAACCAUAUUUAAUAAAACAAGCAGUUUGGUUCGACCAGAUGGCCCUCAGCAUGGAGACUUGGCUGCACAGCCUCUGUGGUCUGUCUAGCUUUUGGGCUAAUAGGCCCAUGAGGUUUAGUCCUGCCUCAUAAGCAACAGUACAGGAUCCAACUCCUGCCUGCCUGUCAGCCCAGCCACAUCUCUCACUCACAGGCACAUGCCCUUCAUUUCUCUUGAGCAACUGACUGUGCUCUCUCCAUUUGCUGUCCUCCCACCUUUACAUCUACUUGAGCAAAUCAGCUGUGGGUCAGUUAGCAAGUCCCUGCAAUUUGCUUACUCGCUGGAGCCCAGUACUCAACUGUGUCUCAAACCCCAGACAGGCUGGAAAGCAUCUGACAGAACACAUUAUGAAGGUAAUAGUGCACCUUCUCAUAAACUAGCAAGAUCAAUUUAAAAGGAAGCAGGUAAGGUUUCAUCUGAGACCAGUGUGUGGAAGCCAACUUUCACAACAGUGGAUGAAAAGCAAUGAGGUUACAAUGUUUUCUGAUGAAAAUUCGUUCCUGGAAAUUACUGGAUUGCUACCUUUCCCAAAAAGUCCACAUCACUUAGAAAAGUUCUUUUUCCUUGUAUCUUUCAGUGAGGGAAUCCAGUUUCUUUUAAAAUAUGCAUGGAAGAGACAGCAUCUUUUGUCUCUGAGCACCCAGAGUGGUGUAACUGGCAUUAGGAGCUGGAUUACUUGAAGGGAAAGACUGACCAUGCUGCUUCCAGGAACUGUGAUGCUGGUAAGGGGCAGGAAUGGGGAACAGGCUUUUCUGCCUUCUGGUUUUAGUUCUGCCACAGCAUCCUCUUGGCCAGGUCAGCUCCCCGUGUUUUUGUAUGAGUUAAAGAAGGAUAACGAUUUACCUUUUGACUAUGGGGGUUGGUUGUUACAGUCAGAGGAGGACUUGCUCUUAGGUGCGUGCCUCUAGAGAAAGGCUUCGUGGCGAGAGAGAGAUUAUAUUACUGCAUAGCUGCAGUAUGCUCUGCUGCAUCCCCCGUAUGCGGUGGCUGCCUGUAUCCCCAUGUUACCAUAAUGCAAAAGCCAGGCAAACAGGGAUUCCACAACGAGAUGCAUUAUUUGAAGCAGAGAUCCAGCUCCAAAAACCCCUUGGGUCUGGAGCUGUUCAGAUGCCAGGUCUGAGGGUCCAAGCCCAUAUCUAAGUAUUGGUGGCCAGAAGUUUUACAUCUUUCCUCUGAAUCAUCCAGCACUGGCUAGAGGUUUGUGCAAGCUGUUGGCCAGAACAUGAAGGGAAAGGUUGAUCAUGCUGCUUCCAGGAACUGUGAUGCUGGUAAGGGGCAUCUUAUGUUCCCAAGAAGAAUUCAGCUAACUAGGGGAGGCACGGAUAGUGCCUACAAUUUCUCAGGGUGAAGAGACAGCAUGUUACUGGAGAAUCCCAAACCCUCGCUUCCUCAGGCUCUGCAGGUCUGGCACAUGGAAAGCUCAGAGGCACUGAAGUAUCCCACUCAAGCAGCCAAGUGUUAACAACCUCUCCAAAGUCUAAUUUGCCUUUGAUAUAGACUUAAUUGUCUGCGUCACCCACCGGGCUAGGGGGAGGGCUAUAAAAGGGGCUGCAGCCAUUGUCUGAGGCAGAAGAGAGCCCAGAAACAGCUCCCUCUCCCAGUCUUCCUAACUGAGCACAGUAGUCACAGCCUGUGCAUCAUGCAGCUGGUGGCCAGCCUGGUGUCCGUUCUGCUGCUGGUGUGGAGCGUGAGAGCCACUGCACUGCCCGGAGAAGAGAGACUGGCGUUACAGAGCAGCAGGGAACAGACCAGGGUGCGGAAAGACGCCCUCCUGAAGAUGCUGGCGGGCCUGCUGGAGGGCGCGGACGCGGGGCGCGAGGCGGCCUCCCCGGACUUCGAAGAGGAGGGCAAGCUGGAGGAGGAGCGGGCCGUGCUGGGGCGGCUAGCCCAGCUCUCGCAGCGGGACCGCAAGGCCCCCUGCAAAAACUUCUUCUGGAAAACCUUCACCUCCUGCUAGCCCCCAGCCUGGCCUGGCCGCGCCCGGGCGUCGCGCCCCGAGCUGUCAGCGCCCCCCUCCCCGGCCCGGCUCUCCCUGCUCAUUCCCCCACCCCCGGAAUAAAGCAUGGCGCCUCGGG